UAAAUGUAAAAGUGUUCUGUGGCUGAUAUUGACCGAUGGUGACGCCAGCGUCGAACGAUAACUUUUUCGAAAUUUGUGCUGAGUGACUAAUUAUUAAGCUAAAUAUUUAUAAUUCGGUGCUUUUUCCUCUCGAUAAGUGAAAUACAUCCAACAUGGAGCAGAUUCCACCUCCCAAAGAGGUGAAAAUCCUGGAAACUGCUGAAGACAUCCAGGAGCGCCGAGAACAGGUACUGAAUCGCUAUGAAGAUUUCAAACAAGAGGCACGCGCGAAGCGUGAGAAGCUGGAAGACUCUCGACGCUUCCAGUACUUCAAGCGCGACGCUGACGAGCUCGAGUCCUGGAUCCAGGAGAAGCUGCAGGCCGCGAGCGAUGAGAGCUACAAAGAUCCCACCAAUCUACAGGCCAAGAUUCAGAAGCACCAGGCGUUCGAGGCCGAGGUCGCGGCACACUCCAACGCCAUCGUGGUGUUGGACAACACCGGCAGCGAGAUGAUCUCUGGCGGCCACUUCGCGUCGGAGACCAUCCGCCGGCGGCUGGACGAGCUUCACCGCCUGUGGGAGCUGCUGCUGUCGCGCCUCGCUGAGAAGGGCAUGAAGCUGCAGCAGGCGCUGGUUCUUGUGCAGUUCCUUAGGCACUGCGACGAGGUCAUGUUUUGGAUACAUGAUAAGGAGACUUUCGUAUGUGCUGAUGAGUUUGGUUCCGACCUGGAACAUGUGGAGGUUCUGCAACGCAAGUUUGACGAGUUCCAAAAGGACAUGGCCGCGCAGGAGUACCGCGUGACCGAGGUCAACCAGCUGGCAGAGCGUCUCGUGCUGGAGGGACACCCGGAGAGGGAGACCAUUGUCAAACGGAAAGAUGAGCUGAAUGAGGCAUGGCAGCGUCUCCGCCAGAUGGCGCUGAUGCGCCAGGAGCGUUUGUUCGGUGCGCACGAGAUCCAGCGGUUCAACCGUGACGCUGAUGAGACGAUCGCCUGGAUCUCCGAGAAAGAUGUGGUGCUCGGGUCUGAUGAUUAUGGCAGGGACCUCGCCACCGUGCAGACUUUACAGAGGAAACACGAGGGUGUGGAACGUGACCUGGCGGCCCUGGAGGAUAAGGUGGGCACGUUGGAUGGUGAGGCUGCUCGGCUGGCGGGGAUCCACGCGGAGCACGCGCCCGCCAUCCACGCCAAGCGGGACGAGAUCACGGCCGCCUGGCAGCGACUCGUCACCAAGGCGCAGGAGCGCCGACUCGCGUUAGAGUCGUCCUACGCACUGCACCGAUUCCUUGCCGACUAUCGGGACCUGAUGUCCUGGAUGAGCGACAUCCGCGCGCUGAUCGCUGCCGAUGACCUCGCUAAGGACGUGCCCGGUGCUGAGGCCUUACUCGAGAGGCAUCAGGAGCAUAAGGGUGAGAUGUCCGCGCGCGAGGACGUGAUGGCGGCGUGCGAGGCAAGCGGCGCGGCGCUGGUGGCGGCCGGCCACCGCGGCGCCGCCGACGUGCAGGCCGCGCUCGACACGCUGCGGCGGGACGCGGCCGCGCUGCACGCGCUGUGGGACGCGCGCCGCGUGCUGUACCUGCAGUGCAUGGACCUGCAGCUGUUCUACCGCGACACCGAGCAGGCCGACGCCUGGAUGCACAAGCAGGAGGCUUUCCUCGCAAACGAAGAUGUCGGUGACUCGCUAGACUCAGUGGAAGCCUUACUCAAGAAACACGAGGACUUCGAGAAGUCGCUCGCUGCUCAGGAGGAGAAGAUCAAGGCUCUUGACGAGUUUGCCACCAAACUGAUUGAGGGACAGCACUACGCGGCUGAUGAUGUGGCGCAGAGAAGAGAAAUGUUGUUGGAGCGUCGCGCUGCUCUAUUAGAGAAGUCGAACCAGCGCCGCGCUCUAUUGGAAGACGCCUACAAGUACCAGCAGUUCGAGAGAGACUGCGAUGAGACCAAAGGAUGGAUCAACGAGAAAUUGAAGUUCGCAACGGAUGACUCUUACCUCGACCCCACCAACCUGAAUGGCAAGGUUCAGAAGCAACAGAACUUUGAGCAGGAGCUGCAGGCCAACAAGCCGCGCGUGCACGAUAUCACCAACUCGGGACAUGCCCUGCUUGAGCAGAAACACUUCGCUGCACCGCAAAUAUCGUCUCGGCUGGAGGAGAUGGGUUCGCAGUGGGAGAAGUUGGUGCAGGCUUCGUCGCUGAAGGGCUCCAAGCUGCAAGAGGCCGCCGCGCAGCAGCAGUACAACCGAGCCGCCGAGGACAUCGAGCUGUGGCUCUCUGAGGUGGAGGGGCAGCUACUCAGCGAGGACUAUGGCAAGGACCUGACGAGCGUGCAGAAUCUGCAGAAGAAGCACGCGCUGCUGGAAGCAGACGUGAGCUCGCACGCCGAGCGUAUCGACGCGCUGCGCACGCAGGCGGAGCAGUUCAUCGAGCGAGGACACUUCGACGCCGACAAUAUUCGAAACAAGAUUGAUGCGCUAGUGGCGCGUUACAGCGCUCUAGAAAAGCCAAUGGCAAUCCGCAAGCGUCGCUUGUUGGACAGCCUGCAGGCGCAACAGCUGUUCAGAGACCUGGAUGAUGAGGCCGCCUGGAUCCGAGAGAAGGAGCCUGUUAUAGCGUCCACCAAUAGAGGACGCGACUUGAUCGGCGUGCAGAACCUGAUGAAGAAGCACCAGGCCGUGCUGGGCGAGAUGGCGCAGCACGAGGCCCGCGUGGAGGCCGUGCGCGGCGCGGGCCAGGCGCUCAUCGACGCGCAGCACUUCGCCGCCGACGACAUCGCCGGCCGUCUGGCGCGACUGCGGGACACGUGGCACCAGCUGCGGGACAAGGCUCUGCAGCGCAAACAAGACCUAGAGGACUCCCUGCAAGCCCAGCAGUAUUUCGCCGAUGCCAACGAAGCCGAAUCGUGGAUGCGGGAGAAGGAGCCAAUGGCGAACACGCAGGACUACGGCAAGGACGAGGACUCUUCCGAGGCCUUGCUGAAGAAGCACGAAGCCCUGCUCUCCGACCUUGAAGCAUUCGGCAACACGAUCAAGGCGCUUAGGGAACAGGCGAACGCUUGUCGGCAACAGGAGUCGCCGGUGGUGGACGUGUCGGGCAAGGAGUGCGUGGUGGCGCUCUACGACUACGCCGAGAAGUCCCCGCGCGAGGUGUCCAUGAAGCGCGGCGACGUGCUCACGCUGCUCAACUCGAACAACAAGGACUGGUGGAAGGUGGAAGUGAAUGACCGCCAGGGUUUCGUGCCGGCUGCUUAUGUGAAGAAAAUCGACGCUGGCCUUUCCUCGAGCCAGCAGAACCUUGCCGACUCCAGCUCUAUAGCUGCUAGGCAAAACCAGAUCGAGUCGCAGUAUGACAACCUGUUGGGGCUUGCGCGUGAGAGGCAGAACAAACUCAAUGAGACCGUGAAGGCUUACGUGCUGGUGCGCGAGGCCGCCGAACUCGCCACUUGGAUCAAGGACAAGGAGAUGCACGCGCAGGUUCAGGACGUAGGCGAAGACCUGGAGCAGGUGGAGGUGAUGCAGAAGAAGUUCGAUGACUUCCAAAACGACUUGCGCGCCAAUGAGGUGCGCCUCGCCGAGAUGAACGAGAUCGCCGUGCAGCUGAUGACUGUCGGCCAGACAGAGGCCGCGCUCAAGAUCAAGACGCAGAUGCAGGAAUUGAACUCGAAGUGGUCAUCGCUGCAGCAGCUCACAGCAGAACGUGCCGCUCAGCUGGGCUCAGCCCACGAGGUGCAGCGUUUCCAUCGGGACGUGGACGAGACUAAGGACUGGAUUGCGGAGAAGGAGCAAGCUCUUGCCACCACCGAUCUUGGAAAAGACCUUCGUUCCGUACAGACCGCACAACGCAAACACGAGGGUCUCGAGCGUGACCUGGCCGCGCUGGGUGACAAGAUCCGGCAACUCGACGACACGGCGAACCGUCUGAUGUCGAGCCACGGCGACUGCGCCGACGCCACCUACAGCAAGCAGCGCGAGAUCACCGACGCCUGGCAGCGGCUGCAGGCGCGCGCCACCGCCAGGAAGGAGAAGCUGCUCGACUCUUACGAUCUGCAGAGGUUCCUGUCGGACCACCGGGACCUGAUGGCGUGGAUCAACUCCAUGAUGACGCUAGUGAGCUCGGACGAGCUCGCUAACGACGUAACCGGGGCCGAGGCGCUACUCGAGAGACACCAGACACAGCGGCUGGAGAUAGACGCGCGCUACGGCGUGGUGCCGCAGGAACAUCGCACGGAGAUGGACGCUCGCGCUGGCACUUUCCAAGCGUUGGAACUAUUCGGUCAGCAACUGUUACAAGGAGGACACUACGCCAGUGUCGAGAUCCAAGAGAAGCUGAGCGCCAUGGCUGACGCGCGUCAGGAGCUUGAGAAGGCGUGGGUUGGUCGUCGCAUGAAGCUGGACCAGAACCUGGAGCUGCAGCUGUUCUACCGGGACUGCGAGCAGGCCGAGGGCUGGAUGGCGGCGCGCGAGGCCUUCCUGUCACCUGCGGCACAACCCGACCAGCCCGACAACGUGGAGCAGCUCAUCAAGAAGCACGAGGACUUCGACAAGGCGAUCAAUGCUCAUGAGGAGAAGAUUGCGCAGCUGCAGACACUGGCGGAACAGCUGGUGGCGGCUGACCACUACGCGACCGACGACAUUAACAAGAAGCGGCAGCAGGUGCUGGACCGCUGGCGACACCUCAAGGAGGCGCUCAUCGAGAAACGAUCUAGGUUGGGUGACGAGCAGACUCUACAGCAGUUCUCGCGCGACGCAGACGAGAUGGAGAACUGGAUCGCCGAGAAGCUGCAGCUGGCUACCGAGGAGAGCUACAAGGACCCGGCCAACAUCCAGUCCAAGCACCAGAAGCACCAGGCGUUCGAAGCGGAGCUGGCUGCCAAUGCCGAGCGAAUCCAGUCCGUGCUGGCCAUGGGCGGCAACCUGGUGCAGCGCGGACAGUGCAGCGGCAGCGAGGACGCCGUGCAGGCCCGCUUGGCUUCCAUCGCCGACCAAUGGGAGUUCCUCACACAGAAGACGACGGAGAAGUCCCUUAAGCUGAAGGAGGCGAACAAGCAGCGUACCUACAUCGCUGCUGUCAAAGAUCUGGACUUCUGGCUCGGCGAGGUGGAAAGCUUGCUGACAUCGGAAGACUCCGGAAAGGACUUGGCGUCCGUGCAGAACCUCAUGAAAAAACAUCAACUUGUUGAGGCUGAUAUUCAAGCGCACGAGGACAGAAUCAAGGACAUGAACGCGCAGGCAGACGCGCUGGUGUCGUCGGGUCAGUUCGACAGCGCGGGCAUCGGGUCGCGGCGCGAGGCCAUCAACGAGCGCUUCGAGCGAGUGCGCAGUCUGGCCGCGCACCGCCGCGCGCGCCUGCACGAGGCUAACACGCUGCAGCAGUUCUUCAGAGACAUCGCCGACGAAGAGUCCUGGAUCAAAGAGAAGAAGCUGUUGGUGGCGUCAGACGACUACGGGCGCGACCUGACGGGCGUCCAGAACCUGCUGAAGAAGCACAAGCGGCUGGAGGCGGAGCUGGCCAGCCACGAGCCCGCCAUCCACGCCGUGCAGAGCGCCGGGCGCCAGCUCAUGGACGUGGCCAACGCGGGGCUCGCGGAGAUCGACACGCGGCUGCAGGCGCUCGCGCAGGCUUGGGGAGAACUACAGUCACUGGCGUCCGACCGUGGCUCCAAACUGCAGCAGUCGCUCGCCUACCAGCAGUUCCUGGCCAAACUGGAUGAGGAGGAGGCCUGGAUCAGCGAGAAGCAGCAGCUGGUGGUGGUGAGCGAGUGCGGCGACAGCAUGGCGGCCGUGCAGGGCCUGCUCAAGAAGCACGAGGCGCUGGAGGCGGAGCUGGCGGCGCGUGGCGAGCGCGUGCGCGAGCUGUGCGGCGACGGCGAGCGGCUGGUGGCCGCCGGCAACAUCCACGGUGACGCACUGGCGGCGCGCAUGGCGGCGCUGCGGGCCAAGCUGGACAAGCUGGCGGCGCUGGCCGGCCGCCGCAAGGCCGCGCUCGUCGACAACUCGGCCUACCUGCAGCUGCUGUGGAAGGCCGACGUGGUGGAGUCGUGGAUCGCCGACAAGGAGACGCACGUGCGCUCCGACGAGUUCGGCCGCGACCUGUCCACCGUGCAGACGCUGCUCACCAAGCAGGACACCUUCGACGCGGGGCUGGCCGCCUUCGAGCACGAGGGCGUGCGCAACAUCACGGCGCUCAAGGAGCAGCUCGUGGGCGCCGCGCACGACCAGAGCGACACCAUCGCCAGGCGGCAUGCUGACGUCAUCUCGCGCUGGCAGCGCCUGCUGGCGGACUCGGCAGCUCGCAAACAAAAGCUGCUGCAGCUUCAGGAUCAGUUCCGGCAGAUUGAGGAACUCUACCUCACCUUUGCUAAGAAGGCGUCGGCGUUCAACUCGUGGUUCGAGAACGCGGAGGAAGACCUCACGGACCCGGUUCGCUGCAACUCUAUCGAGGAGAUCCGCGCACUGCGUGAAGCGCACGCCCAGUUCCAGGCGUCUCUGAGCUCGGCGCAGAGCGACUUCGAGGCGCUGGCGGCCCUGGACGAGCAGAUCAAGUCGUUCAACGUGGGCGCCAACCCCUACACCUGGUUCACCAUGGAGGCGCUGGAGGAGACCUGGCGGAAUCUGCGCAAAAUUAUCGCGGAGCGAGAUGUUGAGCUCACGAAGGAAGCCCAGCGCCAGGAGGAGAACGACAAGCUGCGCAAGGAGUUUGCCAAGCACGCCAACACGUUCCACCAGUGGCUCACAGAGACCCGCACGUCGAUGAUGGAGGGCACCGGGUCGCUGGAGCAGCAGCUGGCGACGUUGAGAACCCGCGCGGGAGAGGUGCGCGCGCGCAGGCAGGACCUACGCAGACUCGAGGAACUCGGCGCUGCGCUUGAGGAGCAUCUUAUCCUGGACAACCGCUACACAGAGCACAGCACGGUGGGGCUGGCCCAGCAGUGGGACCAGCUUGACCAACUGUCCAUGCGCAUGCAGCACAACCUGGAGCAGCAGAUCCAGGCGCGCAACCACUCGGGCGUGAGCGAGGACGCGCUGAAGGAGUUCUCGAUGAUGUUCAAGCACUUCGACAAGGACCGGUCCGGGCGCCUCAACCACCACGAGUUCAAGUCAUGCCUGCGUGCGCUCGGCUACGACCUGCCCAUGGUGGAGGAGGGCCAGCCCGACCCCGAGUUCGAGGCUAUACUCAAUGUGGUUGACCCGAAUCGCGACGGGCAGGUGUCGCUGCAGGAGUACAUGGCGUUCAUGAUCAGCAAGGAGACUGAGAAUGUUCAGUCGUCGGAGGAGAUCGAGAACGCGUUCCGAGCCAUCACGGCGCACCAGGACCGAGCCUACGUCACCAAGGACGAGCUCUACGCGAACCUCACGAAGGAGAUGGCGGACUACUGCGUGGCGCGCAUGAAGCCCUACGUGGACAACAAGACGGAGCGGCCCGUACCCAACGCGCUCGACUAUAUCGACUUCACUCGCACACUGUUCCAGAACUAGCUUCAACCACCUUUAUUACAUUAAACAUUUACUCGCAUACCACGUGUAUUUUCAUUAGACUGCUAGAUUCCUUCUUCACUUUUAUAUUCUACAAAUCACUGAUUUAUUUAUUGGACGGCAUUUUAAUGCAUUUUGAAGCUUGUAUGCUUUAUGACUUUUCAAUGAUGUAAUGUCAACGAUAUAGUUUGGUUCCUUUCCUCUGAAACAGCAGAGGGAUAAGAACCUGCUCGGCGCCUGGUAUUAAUGAAUACUUCACAUGUUUAUCACAUACAUAACUUAUUAUAUUCGCAUUAUACUUUAGCGAUAGCUUUUAUUUAUUAUUGUAUGACGUUAUUCCAAUAAAUUUAUUUAUCCUUGGUA